AUGGAGAACAUGGAAACGGAGCAGAACUGGGAUGUUAACUGGGGCUCAGCAGCAGCAGAGUUUAACAGCAGCUUUGGAGCAGCAGGGAGGGGUGAGGAAAAGCAGCAAGUGCAAAGCACAGGGCAGAGAUUGUCCCUGCAUUGCUGCACCAGGCAGCACAUCUGCACCCUGAACACCUGCAUCCUGCACAUCUGCACCCUGAACACCUGCACCCUGAACACCUGCACUCUGCACACCUGCACCCUGCACAUCUGCACCCUGAACAUCUGCACCCUGAACAUCUGCACCAGGCAGCACAUCUGCACCCUGCACUGCUGCACCCUGCACUGCUGCACCCUGAACACCUGCACCCUGAACAUCUGCACCAGGCAGCACAUCUGCACCCUGCACAUCUGCACCCUGAACACCUGCACCCUGCACAUCUGCACCCUGCACAUCUGCACCCUGCACUGCUGCACCAGGCAGCACAUCAGCACCCUGCACACCUACACCCUGCACAUCUGCACCCUGCACAUCUGCACCCUGCACAUCUGCACCCUGCACUGCUGUACCCUGCACUGCUGCACCAGGCAGCACAUCUGCACCCUGAACAUUUGCACCCUGAACGUCUGCACCCUGCACAUCUGCACCCCUCUCCCCUGCACCCCUCUCCCCUGCACCUGA